AUGGCGUCUGAUGGCCUCAAGAAUGAUAUCGCCAACUUCCUCAUCGACAGAAGGAUGAUGUCCGGCCUGUGCCACAAGGGCGUCGUGGCGUACGGAGAUGCAGCCGCUUUGGUGCUGCAGAUCCUCGGGCACGCAGACUCGUCGGGCCCCUUGUCCAGGAGAGGGAUGAGAGAGUCGGUCCGGAAGCACGCGGCGACUCUCGCCGCCUCGCGGCCCGACGUGCACAACCUGAGGAUGGAGGACGGGGCUUUCGAGGUGGACUUGUUCCCAGAUGUUCUGAACCAUUUCACGAAGUCCAGCCUCGCCGCGCAGGACAUGGACGAGAUCUAUGAGAUGGUCGGUCCGCCUUCGCGGCAGCCGACGCAGAAGAGGCGCUACGUGAGAACAUCCCUUGCUACUGGGGCCGCGUCGUCGUCGCAGGGGCUGGUCGGGGCCAUUGAAGACGUGCCAGCCGACGACGAGGGCGUUGUCGCAAUCCCUGCACGCCCGCCUGCGGCGGAGCCCUCAUCACUCGUCCCCUACGACCGCAUGGACAGGGGCGCCCUGGCAGUUCGAUUGGAACAACGGGACGAGGAGGUUGCCCAGCUGAAGGAAGAACUCAGGAAGGUGAGGCGGAGCAGGGUGUUCUACAUGCAGAAAGCCGAGGGGCUGGAGGUCGACCUCUACGAGGCCAACCAGGAGAUCGUGGCCCUGAAGGCCCAAGCCACUUUCCGCCCAGGGCGCAACGUGACGACCUACGGGGGAUACUGCCUCGCCGUCAGAAGGAACGUUGGACAUGCUUCCGCUGCGGCAACCGCCUUGAUGGUGACGGGUGAAGGCGAAGGGGGCGUCAAGGACAAGAACACAGUGGUGAGCUAUGAACACCGCGCAGCUGCUGGCAAGGUCAUACGAUCCAAGGUCUUCUACUCCGAGCCAGAAGGCGUCGACCUGAGCCAGCAGCUGGAGAUCCACUUGCUGAAAUGCGACGGGACAAACUCUGAGCUCAUCCAGAAAAAGAAGGUCCACGUCUCCAUGGUCCACAGCUCCCUCUGCGACGUCUCCGAAGCGGCGGCCUGCCCUGGGGGCGUUGCCCCAGCGUCCGUCGCCGAGCACGUGGGGGGCCAGUCGGUUUCAGGAGACUUGCUCACUGUCGCCAAAGACAAUGGCCCCGAGGUUCACGCCUUCAUGCUGACCCACUUGCAAUCCGUCUACUGCCCCACGUGGAAGAGCAGGGCGUCGGCGUCCGACGACCAGAAGUUCUUCGCGUCCGUCUUCGUGUUCGGCGUCGACGCUGGACCAGGCAACCAGUGGGCCUUGAAGCAGAUCAAGGAGGACCUGCGGGGCUCCUCCGCCCGCGUAAUGUUUUGCGCGGUGUUUUGUUUCAUGCAUCAACUGCAUCUCAUCGUGAAGGAUCUGCUAGAUCGCACGGAGGGGUUCGACUGGGGGCCGCUGAGGGAAGGCAAACGCUACUGGGGCACAGUGGCGACGGUGGCGAAUGUGUGGCGCUCGUGCGGGGCCCCGACGCGGAUCUUCCAGGCCGCCAUCGACGUUCCUGGGGGUGGCCUCGAUGUGGCGCACAGGUAUUUCAAGAAGAUGCCAGGGCGCCCCCUGCGCGGCCGCUGGGGAAGCGUCGCCGCCGUGGAGAGGUUGAUCAUAUCCGCCAAGACCUUUAUCGGUGCAGUGUUCAAGCGGGCCUUCGGCAAGGAUGAGGCUGGCCCCGCGGGGAAGGCCAAAGCCGAGGCGAAGCCCAAGGCGAAGGGCGCGGCCAAGGCCGACGCGCAGGCGAAGAGAAGGGCAAAGGUUGGUGACGACGAGGAGGCUGAGUACAGGAAGCAGCAGGGGGAUUGGAGGGGGACCGCCGUGGCCAUGACAGGCGAUUCGCUGUGGCUGGCAAUGGUCCACAUCUCUUACAUCGUGAAGCAGCCCCUCACCGAGUAUUUGUACUCCUCGCAAAAGAAGAAGGGGGAGUACGAGAAGCAGGACUUCCCACUUCUGCUCCUCCGUGUCCUGGAUAAACCCUGCGACGAAGACUCGGGCGACCGCAGGGCCAUUGCGCGGACGUUGUUGCGCAAGGACAGGGGCGACCUGGUAACCGUCAACGGCGGCUUCGCAGCGAAGGCCAGGGAAUUGUUCAUGGACGAUUGGCGCGGCAUGGAAGCAUCGGGCCCAUGCAGCGCCAAACUGUUCGUCUUCUUGCUCGUCUGGCGGAGUAAGCUCCCGCAUGACACGCAAGACUUGGAAGGCGCGAACUCGGUGCUGCAGCGGAUGGCCAAGCUGGCGCCGAAUCUCCACCUUCCCUUAGCCUCUGACCGCCUCCGCCUGAAGCUCGGGACGCCUAUUCGGGCCAACGAAUGCGUGGACCUCCACCCCGCGAUCAUGAACCAUUUCUCCAAGCAGGAGUUCCACGACCGCUUUGAGCCCGUGGUGGUUGCAAGGGAACCCGCGGGCGCGGCUCCACCUCCGCCGCCCGCGCUCCCGCGCUACAACGCCGCCAUCAGGGCCGCGGCAAGGUACGCCCACGCAGCGGGGCCGUUGAUGCCGAACUACAUGGAGAAGGCGUUCACGUUCGGUCUCGAUGCGGCCCAGGAACGUCACGCCUUCUUGAUGUGUUGGAGCUACCACCAGAAAGUCUCAUGUGCCACGGGCAAGCUGCGCCCGAUGGGCGGUGGCCACUGCAUAUUCCAUCUGGACAGGCCCAUCCGUAUCAUCUCACUGACGGAGGUCAUCGGCGAGAUGGCGAUGGCGGGCAAGGGCAAGGACAAGUUGGGCGCACGGGCCCCUCUGCCACUGCGCUCGGGCACCCUUGGCUGGCUCUCGUUGGACCGCGCCACGUUCAGCGAUGAAACGGAGCAAGAGGUGGUUCCGAAGCCGCCGAAGAUCGGCAGGGGCGGAGAGCCCGAGGACGAUGGCCUCGAGGAUUUCGUCGGCGCAGCAAUGGGCGAUGUCAUGGAAGAUGAUGAAGGCGAGUACGAGGGCCCCGUCGGCGGGGGCGAAGGCGAGGGGGGCGACGAUGAUUUGGCGGGCCAUCCCGCGGAGGAGAACUUGGAUGAAGAGGGCGCCAUUGUCCCCGAGCCAGAGGAGUUCGACCCCGUUGCAGACGACGGCGGCGACGUGGGCGUCAACUCGGACGACGGCCCCGAUGAGUCCCCUGACGGCCACGGCCCCCACGGCCAUGGAGGUCCGCACCCUGAUGGUCCCGAUCUUCCCGUGGGCGGCGACAGCCCCGUCGCUGGGCCUCCGCCAGCCGCCCCAGCGACGCCCCCUCUUGCCAGCGUGGCAAAUGAGGGUGGGAUUCUGGUGAGGCAGUCGCUAGCGAAGGCGGAGCUCGAGGCUGCGCACCGAAGGGCCGAAGAGAGGAGGGGCGCGCCGAUGAGUUACGGUGCUAUCGGCAUGGUUGCAAAGCCAGACGGGUCGUGCUCCUUUGUGCUCUGGACGCAGCCGACCAGGCAGAAGGCCAGGCCCGUGCGAAUCGACGGGGAAGGGCGGAUCAUGUCCAUGGUGCACUUCGCGCAGCCUGAGACCGAUUACGCGGACGUCGAGGUCAUCAUCGGGAACACGGGUUUGGUCCAGCCGUACGCGCUGAGGAAGCACGAGAGACCCGCCGUGGACGCUUGGCUAUUGCUCCUCCAGAUGGAGAGGAACACGCGCUUCUUCCAGGGGCCACUCGCCCUGAAGGACAACGACCCCAGGCAAUGCGUGAAAUGUGACAUUGUGGGGCCAGAGGACGCAGGGAUCGACCUGGCCGAUCCAACCGAUGGUGGGGAUUUGCAGUUCUACAGAUGCCAGCGUUGCCUACUCAUCUGGCAUAAUCGUUGCGCCUGCGUAUACAUGGGAUCAGACGUGGACUUCGGCGCAUUCGUCUGCCCAGUGUGCUCUCUCUGA